AAAACACUUAUAAAAGACAUAAGAGAUCAUUCUGAAAUCUUACAAAUUACAAUAUUCGCUAUAUUUUAAAAAUUAUACAUAAAGAAUCGAAGAUGGCUUCAAGUUGCUGUGGGGAUUACGUUGCUGCUUCGCCGGAGAUGGCGGCGGUGACGGGAACCGAAUCGAUCUUGUUGAGGAUUCUAUGCGUCGUCUUCAUCGUUCUUUUCUACGGUUCGAUAUUUCUUCUAUGCUUCGUUAUGUACCCCAAGGAUCAAAAAUCAGAAAUCGGCGAUGAGGAAGCCGGCGAACCGUUGCCGGCGGCGGUGAGACUAACGAAGAAAGGAGAGAAAUGCGGCGGCGGUGACGGCGGCGAUGGGAUCAGAGCGGAUGUAUGCGUGAUCUGUCUGGAGGAGUUCGAGGUGAACGAUGUCGUUAGGAUCCUGGUGGGAUGCAAGCACGUGUUUCACGUGGAGUGUAUAGACUCGUGGUGUUUUUACAAGUUGACGUGUCCGGUUUGCAGAAAACCGUUCCAGUGGUUUGGUGAUUGGUAAAGGAGCAAGGAGAGGAGAGAAGUUUAGGGUUUAAAUCUUCGGUACGAUCCGGUUUAGUCCCAAGUUAGAAACUUGUACGUCUUUGGGAUUUAAUUAUAAGAAAUCCAAGGGGGUCGGUCUUUUUUUAUCUGAACCUUGCUUGCGAUGUAUGUGUACACAUAUUUGGAAAAGUUAAUUAUAUUAGUGAAU